AUGUAUUGUGGGGAGAUUCCAGAACUUUUACACAUUUCUGGUUUGGGAGGAAGCCAUGUGAUCAGCCCGACUGGUACCCUGCAGUCAGAUAGGAUGCAAUAUCAGACACAGCAGUAUCAGCAGAACCAGCAAUACCAGACUGGGAACCAGCAAUACCAGACUGGCACACUGCCACACAACUCUCAGCAGAUUAUAACUCCUGGGUACCAGACAGGCACCUUGCCUCUCCAGCCAAGCUUUAACCAGCAGCAGCAGUACCAGCAGCAACAGCGCCAGCAGAUCAGCUCCUCCAGCUACCAAACCCAGCAGUACAGCACCAGCUCCAACUCCCACAACUCCCAUCAGGCCCACGACGGCAGCCUGCAUGUUGACACUAACCCCAGAAUGCUUAUGACACAAUCUGCACGAUCACCAUUGGAGUCUUCUCCUGGCAGCCCUCCUUCGCCUGGCAACCUGAACACCCUACGACAGCAGCUGCACACGGCACACACUAUGUCGAGUAGCGCCGUGUCCCCUGGGCCCCACUCGGCUACCGGCCAGUCCUCGCCCAGCGUGUACUUUGGCCUGUCCAGACGUGGCAGUCUCACCUCAUUGGCUGACUCUGAAGCCACACACACAACCCCCAGGUUUGUGAAGGACACGUCCAAGUUCUGGUACAAACCCAACAUCACUAGGGAGGAGGCCAUUAUGAUGCUGAAAGACAAAGCACCUGGCACGUUCGUGGUCCGUGACUCCAACUCGUUCCCAGGAGCGUUUGGCCUUGCCCUGAAGGUGGCGACCCUACCACCCAACGUUCAGACCAAGCCCACAAGUGACCCUAUGGCUGACCUUGUGAGACACUUCCUUAUUGAGCCCACAAGUAAAGGGGUCAGGUUGAGGGGCUGCUCCAAUGAGCCGGUAUUCGGUUCAUUGGCCUCACUGGUGUACCAACACUCUAUCACUCCACUUGCGCUGCCCUGCAAACUGGUUCUACCUGAACAUGGUGAGUCCCAGUCAUCAAUGUCUACAAUACGUAGGGCCGACAUGCUGAGUAAAGAUCCCUCCCACAUAGUGGCGGACGUAUCUCCCACAACAGAGAUGCCCAGCUCUGCAUCACAAUUACUUGCACAGGGAGCAGCCUGCAAUGUCAUAUACCUGAACUCGGUGGACACGGAGUCGCUGACCGGCCCUCAGGCCAUCCAGAAGGCGGUCAAGAUGACAUUUGACAUGGCACCACAGCAGACGACACAGGUCCACUUUAAGGUGUCCAACCAGGGAAUCACACUGACGGACAACCAGCGAAAGCUGUUCUUCCGGCGCCACUAUCCAGUUGCUGCUGUGACCUACUGCGGAAUAGACCCGGAAGACCGAAUGUGGAAACGUGAGACCGAUGUCCCUGGUGUGAUUGCUGAUGCAAGAGUAUUUGGCUUCGUUGCAAGAAAACAGGGCUCUGUGUCAGACAAUUCCUGCCACCUGUUCUGCGAGCUUGACCCCACCCAGCCCGCCAGCGCCAUUGUGAACUUUGUUACCAAGGUGAUGAUAGGUCAGGGAAAGGUCAAGUCUUAG